UGUGAUUUGUAAUGUAUGCUGUGCUCGUGGGAUUAUACUUUGUGAGGGAAGUGGGAAUACCUGGUUGUAUGUGUCUAUCCAGGCGUGGCUUGGUAGGAAGAAAACUAAUCUUGUGAAUUUGUAGUUGUAGAGCCUUUCAAGGGUUUUGUGUGUGGUUUUUAUUGUGCUUUUGUGUGUCAGUGAUGUCCCUGUGUGACUUGUGAUGUGUCCUUGACUAGUAGGGGCCCACUCUGCAGAGGGAACCAGGAAUGGCUAGUUUUGUGCUUAUUCCGAUAUGGCUUGGUAGAAAGAGGCUAUAAUUUUUUGAUUUUGCAGCUGUAGAGCCUUUCAAGUUGUGUGUGUUGUAUGUGGAUGUGUGUGAUUGUUUCUGUGGAUGGUGUCACUGUGAGGUAUGCUUAACUAAGGGCGGGUCCACUUUGUGGGGUGGAGGAAGCGAGAAUUCCUGCUUAUAUAUGACUAUCCAGAUGUGUCUUGGUAGGAAAAGACUGUAAUCUUAUGUAUUUGCAUAUGAAGAGCUUUCAAAGGGUGGAUUAGGCCCCAGUCAUGAUUAUCUUUUUGGUCUGUUUCGGGCCUGUGCAUGAGAGAGAAAAAGCAGGUUUUCUUAGCAAUGCCUUGCAGGUCUAAUGGUGUUGCAAGCUCCCACUGGUGUAUGUAUAGAGUUGGUGUCCCACGUGGUCAGGCUUGGCUGGUUGGUGUCUGGGGCGUGUGAACCUUGUAGCCUGCAGGAGGAGAGGGGAGAGGAGGGUCAGGAUUCAUCUUGAUAGGAUCAUUUGUCUGUUGGGCCAUUAGUCGCUCUAGCAGCCUAAUAUUGCCUGCUCCCACAGGCAGAAGUGCUGUAGGAUUUCAAGCUCUGGUCUUCUCCAGAAUUAUUCAGAAACUGCUGGGAAUGAAUCAGGGAUUAUCAUCUCCUAAACUGAGUUUUUUCUCUUCUUUCUGAGAGUAAAUCUGCACUGUGCAAUUAAUGCUCGUUGCCACUGUCACUGCUCAGUGCUAAAGGAUUAUGGGAGUUGUAGUUUUGGAAGAUCUUUAACCUCCUCUAACAAAGUGUGCUGGUGGCUUGCCAAACGGCGACUUCCAUGAUUCCUCAGUGUCGAGUCAUGGGGAAACUUAUGUGGAUGCCGAAGAGAAUGCUGUUUUUGAUUCUGAAGAAGACGUGAUUACAGAGAAGCCAUGCCCCAUACAGAUUGUUCUUGCUCAUGAAGAUGAUCAUAAAUUUGACCUGGAUGAAGAAGCAUUGGAGCGAAUCUUAUUGCAGGAGCACAUUAGAGAUCUCAAUAUAGUAGUUGUUUCUGUAGCUGGUGCAUUCCGCAAAGGCAAAUCUUUUCUUUUGGACUUCAUGCUUAGGUAUAUGUACAAUAAGGAAUCUUCAGCUUGGAUAGGUGGAAGCCAUGAGCCAUUGACUGGGUUUACAUGGAGAGGAGGCUGUGAGAGAGAAACAACUGGCAUUCAGGUCUGGAGUGAGGUGUUUGUAAUUCCCAAGCCUGAUGGGACAAAGGUUGCUGUACUACUAAUGGAUACCCAAGGUGCCUUUGAUAGCCAAUCCACUAUCAAAGACUGUGCAACGGUAUUUGCUCUGAGCACCAUGACAAGUUCAGUUCAGGUAUACAAUUUAUCACAAAACAUCCAAGAAGAUGAUCUUCAGCAUUUGCAGCUAUUUACAGAAUAUGGAAGGCUAGCUAUGGAAGAAAUUUACCAAAAGCCAUUUCAGACACUUAUGUUCUUAAUUAGAGAUUGGAGCUAUCCUUAUGAACAUCCAUAUGGCUUAGAAGGAGGACAACAAUUUCUAGAAAAGCGGUUGCAGGUAAAACUGCAUCAGCACGAAGAGCUCCAGAACGUAAGGAAGCAUAUUCAUUCAUGUUUCAGUAAUCUUGGCUGUUUCCUGUUGCCGCAUCCUGGUCUUAAAGUUGCAACUAACCCAAACUUUGACGGGAGGCUAAACGACAUUGAUGAUGACUUUAAGAGAGAGCUACGGAAUUUGGUUCCAUUGCUGCUUUCUCCUGAAAAUCUGGUGGAAAAAGAAAUCAGUGGCUCGAAGGUGACCUGUAGGGAUCUUGUGCAAUAUUUUAAGGCUUAUAUUAAAAUCUAUCAAGGAGAGGAACUACCUCAUCCUAAGUCAAUGCUUCAGGCAACAGCAGAAGCCAACAACCUUGCCGCAGUAGCUGGAGCAAAGGAUACCUACAACAAAGGAAUGGAGCAGGUUUGUGGUGGAGAUAAGCCUUACAUAGCUCCCGCAGACUUGGAGCACAAGCAUCACGAUCUGAAAGCACUGGCUAUAAAGCAGUUCCGUUCAGUGAAGAAGAUGGGAGGCGAAGAGUUCUGUCGCCGGUACCAAGACCAACUCGAAGAGGAGCUAGAUGAAGUCUAUGCAAACUUUGUGAAGCACAACGACGGCAAAAACAUCUUCUAUGCUGCCCGUACUCCUGCCACUCUUUUUGCCGUCAUGUUUGCCAUGUAUAUAAUCUCAGGACUGACUGGCUUCCUGGGCAUGAACUCCAUAGCCACUCUGUGCAACCUCGUGAUGGGGUUAGCGCUGGUCUCCCUUUGUACUUGGGCAUAUGUUAAAUACUCUGGGGAAUUCAGAGAAGUUGGAACACUCAUCGAUCAGAUGGCUGAAGUACUAUGGGAACAGAGGAGUCCCAAGAAGGUGUGUUCCAAAUUCUUUGAAGUUCUUAGACGCCGAAUGGUUCGCCGCGCUCAUACCUCAGUGCAACGGCAGCGGCUCCCAUCCAACAAUAACAAGAAGAAAAAUUAGCCAGUAUUUUUACCUUUUCCUUUCUUUACCCGAAGCGUUCACACUUAACAUGUAUAGACAGUAAGCAAGACCUUCUGGGCCAUGUUGUUUAAAUGCUCUUAAGACAUCUGAGGUUUGAUACAGCAGUAUAAUACGGCAUCCAGUCUUCUAGGAACAACGAAGUGAUUUGAGUUCAGUCAAAUACUGUGUUGAGGAAAGCGCUUACUCUGUAAAUUAAUAACUAUUCUGGUAGACAGAAUCAUCUUUUUUUUCUCCAUGCUGAUGCACUUUUGAUCCAUUUCAUACUUCAUGAUUUCAAUUUGGUUUUUUUAUGAUUUCUCCUUUUUUAUUGUUUCAAACAUGUUUGUUAUUAUUUUUCUCAUUCCUUUGUUUUGUACAUGUUUCAUGCUGCAGGUGAUAAAACCUCUUGGGGAUAAUUUGAUUGAGGAUACCAUGAGACAAUCGGUUACAAACUCUAUCAAAGCAGGCCUGACUGAACAGAUGUCUCAGCAUGCCAGGCUAAAGACAGACUGACAGUUCAUCUCCUCCUCUCGCCUGCCUGCCCACCCAUUUGUAGACUCGCUUGCUGUACAAUGAGAACUCAAUAAACCAAAGUUUACAUUUGA